CACUUUUGUUUUUGAUCCCCUGCUGUGCCCUGACCUUUUGCAGUGCGACAACGUUUUAACCAUAUCAUCCUAGAGGCCCUACUACGGGCCGGCAGCAAUCCCUUAAUGACCACCCGUCCACAUGCUGUAAUGCCUUUAAUUUUCUUUUUUUUUAUUUUCCACGAUUCCCAUUCUAUCCGGUUCCGGUUCCACUAGCAGAGCUCCGACGGAAGCGACAGAAAGUCGGCUCAUCGAAUGUGGGCAUGGGGGUCACGAAGGUUCAGGCAAGCAUGAACGCCGGGUCCGUUCCGAAAAUGUUCAAACUUGACGAUGAUGCAGGAACGAGCAGUUUAAUGCCUCAGGGACUGUACAACUACAAUCACAAUUCGUUAUUCAUGCACAUGCCAAAAGAGGAAAUUAAGCACGAGCCAGGAGAGUCUCCGAAGCACAAUGCCACAAACCAGUACCAGUUGCAACCGAUGCAAGGGAUGAUGAACACCCAGAGUACUUCUCCGGGACCCGAUCGGUCACCGUCGAACCUCACUCCGUCGCCAGUGAUGAUGGGUGGUCCGAUUUCUCCACACGAUCCCGGUAGCAUAACGCCAACACCGCCCGCAUACACCACGUUGAACGGACCGGUGGGCAAUCUUUACUUCGAAGCAACCAUGGCCAACCCACAGCACCUUCCCAACGCCACCAACCCCAUGUUUGACCUGAGCAUGCCCGGGCCGUCCAACGGCUGGGUACAACCAGUACCAACAACGAAUCAAAACGGUCUCAACCGGCCCAUGGAUCAAACGCCUCUGAAUGUUGGAAGCUUCGGUUCGUUACCACUGGUCGGAGAUCCAACCCUGGGCAUGGUGUCUACCAGUGUCCCCAACAACGUUACCAACCAGUCCAUGAGUUGCCUUCCGUCCAUGAAUUCCGACAUCAACCUCAACAUGGUGGACUUUGAGCCGGUGCUGAACUCAUCCGAGAUACGGUACGUCCUGGGAACGUUCUCCAACUCGGACCUAAACCGGUUGGCGCAGGUUGCGCAAGGACAACCAACCGGCACCAGCUACCCGCAACAGAGCACAAACAUCCCGCAGCAAACGGUCAAGACACCGCUGGCGGGGCAGCAACAGCAGUUGCAACCGUUGCCCGAUCUUAACGACAACGACGAGGAGCUUACGGACAGCUUCACACGACUCAGCACCAACGAUUGAAACGGCAUGCGCCACACAUUCGAUGCCGCCCGUCCGGAAUGCUCAAACUCAGCGACCCAUCAGUAAUGUUCCCAUGUACAUGUGUCUAUUUGAUUGUUAAGUUUUUUUUACAUUAAA